AGAGGUGGGGAGGGCCCUGUGAUGGGAAUAGCAGGGGGUGCUGCAGGGCAGGAUUGAGCAUUGGGUGAGUGAGGCAGGGGGAUCAGCCUCACUCCCAUGUAUGAUGUCCCUCCCCCGAGCUCUCUACUGUUGGUCUCAGGUGCCUUUAGCUCUGUGCUCCUCCCCCUCCCAGUGGCUGUGCAGUGCUGAUCUGAAAGCAGAAGUUGGGAGGGUCUCAUGACCCGCUGCCUCCCCACAGGAAGUGCCAAGCACAGGUGCAGCCACCAGGGUGGCAGGCAGGAGGCUCAGUGACUGUGACGAGGGCCCUUCCUUUCUCUCUGGGCGCUGGGGGAGUGGGUGGUGUUUUGGAGGAUCUGAAACCCCUGGGCUGGAGGUAGCUCCCUCUCUGUGGCUGGUCAGGUUGUGUUUUCCACGUGGGAAGGCUGCUGGGCUCUACUUGUGCUUCUGGUGCCAGCUGGUGAUCUGGCCAGCCCAUUGUGGAUACUCGUGGCAGCUGGUGGGAGAGCCUUCGGUGCUGCGGGGGCUGGGUCCGUGUCAUGCUGGUUGCUGGCGUGUGGGCACAGCAUCCCCAAAGCCCAGCUCCUGGCUGUUGGGUUUGAUUGGCUCAGCACAGGUCUUCAGAGUGUGCAGUCCCUGCUGCUGGAGUGAUGCCCACCUUCCAGUUCUUGCCCUUCUCGGCCCUGCUGGGCACCCUGGGGCUCCUGUGUGUGGUGUUCACAGGGUUCUGGUCCCAGCACUGGCGCGGAGGCUUUGCCUGGGAUGGCUCCGCCAAGAUGUUUAACUGGCACCCCAUCUGCAUGGUGACAGGCAUGCUGGUGCUGUAUGGGGCGGCGGUGCUGGUGUACCGGGUGCCCAGCUCCUGGGCGGGCCCUAAGCUCCCGUGGAAGCUGCUGCACGCAGCGCUGACCCUAGCAGCCUUUGUCCUGGUCGUGCUGGGGCUCGUCGCCGUCUUCGGGUUCCACAAUGCCCAGGGCACCCCCAACAUGUACUCGCUGCACAGCUGGCUGGGGCUGGCAGCUGUGCUGUUCUUCUCUUGCCAGUGGCUCAUGGGGUUCACUGCCUUCCUGUUACCCUGGUCUCCUGCCUGGCUGCGGAUCAUCUACAAGCCUGUUCACGUCUUCUUCGGCUCCACCAUCCUCGCGCUGGCCAUGGCAGCAUCCAUCUCCGGCAUCAACGAGAAGCUCUUCUUCAGCCUGACGAACAAGACGGUUCCCUACGCUAAACUCCCCCCUGAGGCCUGGUUCGCCAAUUCUCUGGGGAUGCUGAUCUUGGUCUUUGGGUUGCUGGUGUUGUGGGCUCUCGCCACGCCGGCCUGGAAGCGCCCAGAGUCAGAGUCACUGGAGGCCCGACAGCCCCUGCUCCAUUAGGACAAGUGAAGCAGCUGCCUGGAGGAGGAGCCGCUGCCCAGACUCUCCGAUGAGAAGGGCAGCUUGGUGCUCCUGCAGUUGGCGCUGAGCCAUCUCCGGAGCCUGGCCAGCACGGAGCCGAGGGGUGGAGGUGCUCUCCUUGCUCCCUCACCACCCGGCUGCUCUCCCGGAUCCCUGGCUCUUGCCACUCCCCUGCCUUCUGCUCUGGGUUCCUGCAUGUGCUGCUUCUUCCUGGGAUUCACCAGGCAGCCUUGGCCCCUCUUGCCAUUGUGCUGCUGUGCCUUAGGGGCCCUGGCUGACGCUACGGCCUAGAUCAAGUAGCCUGAACUAAAAUAAAAGCCUGCUUUGUGGCGCUUGCCCUGGCAUCGGCUCUGCAGGAGGCAGGGGCUGGUUGUGUGUAAGGAGCCUGUGCUGGCCGCUCAGCUGUAGCAGCGUGCAUGCGCCUGGGGCAUCAGUGUGCCAAGCUCCAGCCAGCUUCCCUUUCCCACUGCCAGCUUAGCACCCACUUCUGCUCUCUGGCGCUGUCCCCUGCUACCUUGGGAGAGUCUCUGCUAGGGCUCAGAGCUAGGGUGACCAGAUGUCCUGAUUUUAUAGGGACAGUCCCAAUUUUGUGGUCUUUUUCUUAUAUAGGUUCCUAUUACCCCCCACUCCCUGCCUUGAUUUUUCACACUUGCUGUCUGGUCAUCCUACUCAGAGCAUUUGCUCUCCAUGGGGUUUGCUUCCAGCCCUGGUCAUACUCCCUCUCCCUUGUCCCAGCUCUUUGAGUGGAGGAAGCAGUCACAUUUCCUCCUGCCAGGAGAGGGCUGCAGAGCAGGAAGCUGUUGUCCAUGCAUCGCUGUGAUGUGCAGGUGGGCUGGGGAGUCCGGCUGCAGUGCCUGACUGCCCUGGGGAUGCUAAGGUGGGAGGAGCUGUUCAGGGCCAUGCUGUUCACUCCUCUGCCCAGGAUCCAUAGAUAAACUCUGUACUGAGCUUCUCUAACUAGUAAAACAGCUCAGGCUCGGAAUCCACUCACCUGCAGCUCUCCGUUUGGAUCUAGGCUGUAUUGCCGUCUCUGGUGCUGUAUCACAGCUCCACCCUGCACAGUCCUACACCAGGCUCCGGUCUGCCUUUCCUACCUCACCUGGGGUGUCUGGCUCUGGCCUCAGCUGCGCUGAGCCCUGAAAGCCACUCCAGCAAAAAUUUCCAAGUGGUUGGGCCUGGAGGCUCUCUAGUGCCUGGCCAAUUCACAGUCUUCAUGGCUGGCCUCUCCCAGGUCCCGGCUCAGUGCGGGCAGGCACCGUGAGCUGUAUCUCCUCCCAGUGACUACGCGCUACCAUUGGCAUGACGUAAUUUGGGGGCUGUACAACAGACACUGUCUGGUACCUGACCCAGCCAGCACUAAUGAAAAUGGACUCAUAGCUUACGCAUCCUUUGGUGGCAUCUGCCACAAGCUGCUCAGAAGCUUUGAGACAAGAUCCUGUCCAUUCUGGGCACUGGAUCUGCUGGGGUGGUGUGGGGUCCCCAUGAAGCAGAUACUUCACUCUGGUUUAAGGAUUCAUGUACAGGAUUAGGGCUAAAUUGUUCGCCAGGUAUUAAUCCCUCCCAUCCCCACAUGGUGUAACAGACAGGGACAUGGUGGGAAGGGUUCAGACCCCCCAGAGAAGGGCAGACAGGGAGUAUGGUUGACUCAAUGGGGAAUAUUUCCCCAUGACUGAUUGCAGGGGGGUGGGACGGGUGGCCCUUCCUAUCCUCUAUGGCUGUGCGUUCUGCUUCUCUGGGUGUGUGCUAUUGCGGUAGGUUGGGAGUGAGCCCACGUGGCUCAAGCUGAGAUCUUAGGAAGACACUGGAGGCUUCCUUAGAAGUGUUUCCAGAGAGAGGCAGUUAAAUGUAUUUGUUGUAUGUGAGAAGCUGCCCAGCCCAGGGGGUUUGAUAGCAUCCACACAGAGGCUCAGUACAUGCUACUGGAGAGGUGGAAUGCAGCUACAGCUGGUUGGAAUUUGAGUUUUCUGUCCCCUGGGAAAUUCUCAGACUUCCAAAUCUCUGGCUUUGUUCUGAGCUGGGAUGCUAAAUCGGUGGCGGGACUCCGUGUGACACCCAGCACGGUGAGGAUUUCAGUUUGAUGGUCUCAACACCUUUUGAUGGGGCAAUGCUUCAGUUUGGCUUAUCUAGAAGUGAAAUGUUUGACAGGGAUGAUUUCCCCCAAAUGUCCAGCUAACUCCAGGCAUUCCCCAAAAUGCAUUGACUCUGUCAAUCAGCUCUUUCUGAUGGAAAACUGUUUGUGGAAAAUGUCCAAACAGCUCUGUAGACAACCUUGAAAAAUCAGGUGGCCCUAGGCUGAAGGGAAAAAAGAGGCCAAAGCAGACAGUGGGAGCAAUUGGAGCAGCUGCCCCUGUACCCAGGAGAGGCAGGGUGCAAUCCAGCAUCAUCCCAUUGAGUACUGGGGCUUACGGGAAUGAAUUAGAGUGACUGUUGCAAAGAGAACUCAUGGGGUGUAGCCUGGACAUCUACCUAACUCCAGGGAAAGGAGCUGGCUGCUGAGUCCUUGCUAAGAGUUCAUGACUUAAAGCUCCAAACUGGGAAGUGUAUUUCCAUCCUGCUGUGUGUGUGUGUGUCUCUCACUCUCAUAAGCUUGGCUGAAGUGUGUGGCUUCCCCCGGGCUUUGUCUCCUAGCUCUAGCUUUAGCCAUAUUAAUAUCUGGGGUACUUCUGAUGUCUUGCUGGGAAACCGUACAGCUGAAUAGGCUAUUUUGAAACGCUGGGGCCUCGGUGGUGGUACUACCCUUUGUUUAAUAAAUAGCACUGUUUUGGAA